AUGGACGUAUAUGUCCAGAUCACAGGCCUGGACUCAGGAAAGACGCGCGGAGUCAAGGCGCUACUCGAUAGUGGCUGUAGCACCUGCUGCAUCAAUACCGACUACGCGCGGGCAGAGAAGCUGGAUAUCCAAGAACUUCCCCAACCCAUUGUGGCUCGUAACGCCGACAACACCGAAAACAUCAGCGGCCGGAUCACGCAUUACGUUGACCUAAGGAUGAGAAUCGGUCCUCACGUGGAGACACGCACGUUCCUUCUGACGUGCUUGGGAAAGGCCCGGAUCUUCAUUGGUCUUGACUGGCUGACGGAACACAACCCGGAGGUGGAUUGGCAGGAGCAAACGAUGAGAUUCAGCCGAUGCCCAGAACGGUGUCACAUGAGGGGUCACGAGGAACACCAAGCGAUGAUUGACAUGGAUGCAAUCGACCUGAACACGAGCGCACCAGAUCUGGAAGAGGGAGAGUCUCGUCCCUUGGUACGUAGAGCUUCCCAUGGUACGUGA